AUGUGAACGGCAACUUGGUUGGGCUCGUUGAGAUGCCAAUGCUACUAAAAAUCAGGCCAAUCAUUGAGAUUCAUGUUCAUUAUUUAAUUAUAUAUAAGCGGGAAUAUUUCGAAAUUUGAAAUUCAAUUGAGGGCCACAGGUUUCCUCAUUUAAUAAAUUUCCGAAAACAACCUUUCAAGUCCUACGAUAAAAUUCUUUCUACUUCUCUUUUUCCUCUUCUGUGUAUCAUUCGUUUUUUCUUGCUCUCACUCAACUCCUCUCUCUCUCUUUCUCUCUCCGCGACUGCCAAGAUAAUUUAUUGAUUUUUCUUUCGCUUUACCGUUCAUACUGUGAAACAGAAAAUGGGGCAGAUCCAGUAUUCGGACAAGUAUUUUGAUGAUACGUACGAGUACAGACAUGUUGUCCUUCCACCGGAGGUUGCCAAACUGCUUCAGAAGAAUCGCCUUCUCUCCGAGAAUGAAUGGCGCGCAAUCGGGGUUCAACAGAGCCGAGGGUGGGUCCACUACGCGAUCCACCGCCCAGAGCCACAUAUCAUGCUUUUCAGGAGGCCACUGAACUUUCAGCAGCAGCAGGAUAAUCAAGCUCAGUAAACCCUGCUAGCCAAGUGAAGUUCAGCUGCUUGACUUCCUAUUUGCUGUGUGUAGCACGAAAAAGGGUAUUCUUGUUUCCUCUGGAAAUGGGCACUAUAUAUAUACAUAUGCUAUUUAGGUGUUUGAUCUUAUCAGAGUGAAUGAUGAAACUCUGGCUGAUGAACUUCCAUAGAACUUCAAAGUUGAAAUUGCUUUUUCAACAGUUUGAAUGUGGGUGAUCUUGAGAAAUGUACCACUACUUGAUUAAAUGUCUAGUGAUGAAGUGAUGCAGCUAUGUAGACAUUCUCUUGCUUUUAUCAUUGUUUGUCGUCUUAGAAUCUAGCUUGCAGGGCGCUCGCCUUAUAGAUGCUUGUCACUUUGUGGUUUUGUGAUUUGUUAUAAACUUUGUGUAGCUGGACUUAAAACUGUCAGUUAUCCAAGAACUUGUCAUCUCCA